AUGGAGCAGCUUUCCCCUAAAGAACGGCAGAACUUCGUGCAUCAAACCUGCCGCCUCCUACGUCGAGUUGAAUUUUUGCUGCUGGUUGAGUACACGGAGGUGAUGGUGCCAAUGGUCUAUGUGAUUUACAUUGCGACAGUGUACCACCUGCCAAACCGCAAGUAUUUCCCGUAUCUGCACGAAAUGUCCGAGACCGAUCUGGCAAACACAGUUCGCAGCGUGAUGAUUUACGGGCUGCUGCAGUUGGUUUCCUUCGUGCUGCUCUUGGUUGUGCUUACUCGACGAUUUCAGCUCACUCCAGGAACAAUACUACGCUUCGUUCUGCACAAGGAGUGGCGUGUGGUGCAAGGUCAAUUCGUACUAUGGAUCAUUUACGUGCUGCAGUCCUCUAUCGAGCAUGUUGGCACCGACUACACGUUCAAGUUCAAAUGGCUGCAUCAGUAG